AUGAUGAAACCGUUGAUGGAGUUUCAUGAAGGUUAUGCAAACUCAUUGAUAACUAAAGAUUCAAGGUUGAUGCAAGGUGAUGUGAAGAAGAUGAUGAAGCAUUGGCUGAACUGGUUUUCCAUUAUCGAAUCGAGUGAAACUGGCUCUUUUUGUGAUCUUCUUCCGGUUAUUUUCGAGACUGAUGCAGGGAGGUUUCUUCAUGAUUGCAGGGUUAUGUAUGUGCAGCUAGUUUUGUGGCGUGAAGAAAUUGAAGCACGAAGGGUUUUGAAGUUUAGCAUGGAGUUUCUUGUUGACUGGGCACCAACAGGGUUCAAGACAUGGCUGCAGUUUGAUUCGUGUUGCGAUGCUUGGAGGAAAUAUGAAGGCACAUGGUGA